CUCAUCUUUUAUUGCCUCUUUUUCUACAAGACCGCAGUUUGCUCUCAGAAGCAGGUGCGGCUGCUGAACAGAGGUGGCUAUUGGGAAGAGAGAUCGAGGGAGGCGACACCGCCUAGUCCUGCCCUCGUAUUUUCUAGCUUAACUCAACCUGGAGUGUUGGCACCUGUUUUCUCCCUGCGUUCUCCUUGCACCACACAGGGAAGCCAGUCAUUCCGAACUCCCUGGACUUCCAGGCUGGGUGGAAUAAGGGGUCUGGGUGGAACAGGGGAUUCUGUCCUCUACGGUGACUUUCUAAAAGGUACCCACUAGCGUGUUUUUGACAGUGCAGCACCUAGGGUGCGAGGCGGAGAGGAGGCUUCGGUUACUAAACCGCUUCUUUUUAUUCUGGGGAUCUGAUUUGUUUUCUCCGCGUUCUCCCCCGCCUCAUCUCUCUCCCGUUCUUUAGCGAAUUGACAAAGACAGCACCUGCUGGCUGGUGUUCGAUGUUGGAGCUCGCACCUUCUCGGUGGUGACGGUGCCAGCGUACUGGGGACGGGGGACAGCGGCGAUUUCCCCUCCAUCCAGCCCAUGAUGCAUAGAGGAGCAGCGGCUGGGCUGCGUGGGGCUCUGCCCGCAGCACUUCGAGGCGGGAUUGAGGGGCUGCAGCUGGCUAUGAGUUGCUGUUAAGUGGACUUGGCGCCAAGUCUCGGAACCGGCAUCAGCUGAGACCUAUCUGCUAAAAGCCGGAACACAAGCGCCUGCCUGCACUGAGCAACUCCAGCGUCUUGAGGGCGGAGGACAGCGAGCUCGGCGCCUCUUCUCCGUCCUAUCCCGAACCUCCCCUGCCACUCUCGCACGUCGGAGACCCAGGACCUGAGAGCCAGGGAACUGGAGAAGUACGCGGCGGAGGCUGCUUUCCUGAAGGUGAACUGUUCCAUCCAAUUGCCUUUCCCCAGAGAGCAAAAGGGAGGGCGGGAGAGAGUGAACUGAGGAUGUGUGCGUGUGUAUCUGUGUGAGACGACGUGCAGCGGGAGGAAAAGUCGUUACUCGGCGUUUUAAAAGCAAACAAAUCAGAGAUGGAUAAGAGCGGCGAUUGCUGCGAGACCGCCUUGAUUCUCGCAGUGUGAGGAGCUGAGCGCACCGCGCGCAUCCGGCGAGGACAGCGGGCGACCGCGGGCGCUGUCGAGGGCUGAGGACUUUGGCUUCUCCCCUAGCCCACAAAUCUUUUGAUUACUUUGACUCGUGAACAACGAGAGGAGGAAAGAGACGAGGCUCCCGCACGUCACCUUCCAUCCACUUUAAGGGGAUUCCAGUUUGGAUGUCAAGAGAUUCCUGAACCCUCUUUGCUAUCGGAGGAGGAAACACACGCGCGCGCGCACACAUACACACACGCACGCUCGGGGCCACACUCACACGCCCUCCACUAGCACACACCUCCAGACUUCGGUUCCCUAUGCCCCAGAACGGUAACGGCGGAUUGGCAUCUUGGAAGCGAUGCGAGAGCGAUAAGGCUGGCGCGGGUCCGCGGAAGCUGCAGGAGCAUCGCUAGGUGUUGCCGCCACCAGGAAGCCGGGCUGCAGGCCACUGUCAGUGGGGAACGUGUUAUUUCCAGAAACUGCCUUUGCAAAGGAAAGUUUGAGGUCCAUCGCCCUCUUUCCCCUAGAACUGCAGGCUGAGCUAUCCAGUCUCCACAUAAAGAGGACGAACUGUCGGUGCUCGAGAGCCCUGAGUAGAUGCGAAGCUUCCCGAGUCAGUGGGUCAGUACUCCGCUUCCUGAGCAAAUGUUAAACAAUUGGCUGGAGCAUGUGGAAUCACAGGAACACAGAAAAAUUGGAACCUAUACAGAAGAGAAUAACUCCAGUUAGAAACAUUUUCAUGCCAUUUCAUAUGAGGAAUGACUGAAGUCCCCAGAGAGGACUUGGAUGAGUCAAGAGAAAGGAUGAGUAAGAGAUACUUACAGAAAGCAACAAAAGGAAAACUGCUAAUAAUAAUAUUUAUUGUAACCUUGUGGGGGAAAGUUGUAUCCAGUGCAAACCAUCAUAAAGCUCACCAUGUUAAAACAGGCACUUGCGAAGUGGUGGCACUCCACAGAUGCUGUAAUAAGAACAAGAUAGAAGAACGGUCACAAACAGUCAAGUGCUCCUGCUUCCCUGGGCAGGUGGCGGGCACCACACGAGCUGCUCCAUCUUGUGUGGAUGCUUCCAUAGUGGAACAGAAAUGGUGGUGCCAUAUGCAACCAUGUCUUGAGGGAGAGGAAUGUAAAGUUCUUCCAGAUCGGAAAGGAUGGAGCUGUUCCUCUGGGAAUAAAGUGAAAACAACUAGGGUAACCCAUUAACCAAGGUGAAAUCAAGUGAUCCUCAAGGUUGAUUACAUUGAACAUAUGCAUACAAACAUAAUUCAUAGGUGAUCUUGAAGGAAAAAUUUUAUACACCUCCGAAGUGGCACUCUGGAGUCUAUUACUUCUGGGGGAUUUCAUGGCUCAUAAUCAGCUUCUUGGAAUCAAGACUUUUUAGAAGUCCUACAUGAACUUCAGUAUCAUGAAGAUUUCAUCAGAUUUGAACUGUGUUCAACUUGUAUAAUUGUACUUAAAAAAAGAACUUGAAGUUGCUCCCUGAAGAGUUGGCAUUUCUGGAUGGUAUCAGAGACACCUACCCUUUGGGCUCUUGGCCCCAAAUGUGACUGCCUUUCUUGUUUCUGAAAGUCUCUCAAGUGCACUGGCCUUCUGUCAUGGACCUGUUCCUGGGUCCUGUGUUCACUGGCUAGGAUUGUACAUGGCUUCAGUGACAUUUCCUUUGCAAACUUCUCCUCUGGCAUGGUGUAGACUGAGACAAUUUAAUUUGUAUCCUAACCUUGGAGCUCUGAAAGCCUACAUGUUUUAACAUCUUAAAGUUGCUUUUGUUAAAGGAAUGGAAAUAUAUAUCCAUUGAUAAUAAUUAUUGUUGGCAAGUUAUAGUUAUCUGAAAACAUCAAUCAUAUAAGAAUGUGUAGACAAGCUGACAUGUUUCCCCAAGGCUAACACACUACUGCAGCUCUCUGUCAGUUAAAUAGGUAGUAGUUAGAACUGAAUUACCAUUUUCAUUAUAUACUCCUAUUUGGUACCUCUAGAGUACAUUCCCUUUCAGAGUUUUUUUUUUUUUUUUAAGUGAACUUUUUCUUUUAUUUUUAUCUUUACUUUUUCCCUUCACAGAAAUCAUCAAUGAGCAGUCAAGUAUUUAGGUAACCUUCAGUUUCAAAAAAUUGCCAUGGAUGCAUGUGGGUUUUGAUUUCUUAGCUCAAAAGUUAUUUGCUUAGAUUUCUUCUAAUAUUUUUUUAAACUGUCCUUUCUAUCUCAUUUUUAAAAGACUGUCUCUUGCUUGAUUCCAAGGACUGUUUGAAUGCCUAUUUGUUUAUUCAAAUCUGUUGGUAGAGUAAAUUGUUCAUUUCCUUGGCUUCAAAUUUAUAAAUAUUUGUUUCUAGUUUUCCCUUUCAAACAAUUUCUUAGGUCAGUUUUUGUCCAUGUUUUUGUAGUCCUUUUAACAUCUGUGGUUUUCAGUUCUAAAGGAAAAUCUUACAAAUAUUUCAAGGCCUUAAACACGUAUGUACUUUUUUUUCUAAGUUAUUCACAGAAUGUAUAAUUUUAUACUACUUUUAUUUUGCUUCAUUUGUUAUGUGGAGGGAAAGAAGAAUGGACAUUGCAUAGCCAUUCUGUAAUAAUAUUGUGUAAAUGUAUAGUUUGAAGGAUUGUAAAGGGAGAGGCUUCUGUGUUUACUCAUCUUAGAUUGAUAAGAAGAUACUUCAGAAAUUGUCCUAUUAGACAUUCUAUUAUGUUAGACAGAGUGUGGGUAUCUUCUGUGAUUUUAAAACUCACUCACAUGGCCAAUUAUGUAUAUGUUGAUUUCCAUGAUGGAGGCUGACCUACAGACCAAAGCUCUCCAGGGUAAAUUGGUAAUAAUCUUCAAAGACCAAUAUAUUACCCAGAAUCUUUUCUCAGCAGAAUGACUAACACUGUAAAAUUUGUUAAAUAUGAAAUUUGUAAAGUAUACUUUUGAUAUUGAACUAAAGUAUACUGACCCAUAAAUCCAUGGAAUGACUUUCUUCUUCCAUUUUCAUUAUGUAUGCAAUUAGAUGGCUCUGAGUGAAUUUUGCAAUGGUUCAAGACUGUCUGAACUUGUAAAGAAAGGAAUAAUAGUUGUGCUGGAGUUUCUGCAUCAGUGAUAAUAUUAAUUUCUUUGGAACAAAGUGGAAAAUUAUAUUAUUUUAGAAAUUAUGAAUUUGUCCUAGGUUUGAAAUUAUAGAUUAUGCCUCUCUUUUUUAAACUAUGUCCUUUAAAACAACACUGGAAAUACUGUAUUAUAUUCAAGUGUAAUACAUGCAUAUCAAUAGAAAAAAUAAAUGGAAUUUCAAAUAUACUAACUAGAUUAUCCCCAGUAAUGUUGUGACUCUUCAGAAAAGGUGAAUAAAAUUGGAAUAUAAAAAUGGA